AUGGAUUGGGUGAAUCUCGUUCCUGCAGGGUUACUGUUUAUACUCAUUCUCCUGCUGAUACUGAAAAUACAACAUGUCUGGAAAAGCCACGCAAAAGGGAACUUCCCCCCAGGACCCAGGCCUUUACCCAUCAUUGGAAAUCUGCACAUCAUGGAUCUGAAGAGACCUUACCUGACAAUGCUAGAGUUAUCCAAAACAUAUGGCCCAGUCUUCAGCAUUCAGAUGGGACUAAGGAAAAUGGUGGUGCUAUCAGGAUAUGACACAGUGAAGGAGGCUCUGGUGAACCAGGCAGAUGCAUUUUCAGGGAGACCUAAAAUACCAGUCAUUGGAAAAAGAGGAAAAGAAAAUGGAGUUAUAUUUUCUGAUGGAGAAAACUGGAAAGUGAUGCGAAGAUUUACUCUUGCAACGUUGCGAGACUUUGGAAUGGGCAAGAAAGCCAUAGAGGAUCGUGUUGUAGAAGAGUAUGGAUGCCUGGCAGACAUCAUUGAGGCACAGAAAGGAAAGCCCCUUGAGAUGACUCUGAUGAUGAAUGCUGCUAUUGCUAAUGUCAUCGUAUCCAUAUUGCUUGGAAAGCGAUAUGACUAUGAAGACCCCACAUUCAAAAGGCUCCUGUCAUUGGUGAAUGAAAAUUUCAGAGUUAUUGGAACUCCAUCAGUUUCGUUGUACAACAUGUUCCCAGUCCUUGGAUUCCUCCUGAAGGACCACAACAUUUUUAUUAAGAAUGUAAAAGAAAUCAAUGCUUUUAUCAAGGUGACUUUCAUAGAACAUCUCAAAGCCCUAGACAGAAACAACCAGAGGAGCUUCAUUGACACUUUCCUUGUGAGACAACAAGAGGAGAAAGGAAAGGCCAAUGGAUACUUCCAUAAUGAAAACUUAACUGAGGUUGUGAGAAAUCUUUUUGCAGCUGGCAUGGAGACCACGUCCACCACUUUGCGCUGGGGCCUUCUGCUCAUGAUGAAAUAUCCUGAAAUUCAGAAAAAAGUCCAAGAAGAGAUAGAGCGAGUGUUAGGGUCAAACCCCCCACGAAUCGCGCAUCGAACUCAAAUGCCAUAUACAGAUGCUGUUGUCCAUGAAAUUCAAAGGUUUGCUAAUAUCCUGCCGUUGAACUUGCCUCAUGAAACUACUGCAGAUGUGACCCUCAAAGGCUAUUUCAUUCCCAAGGGAACCUACAUUGUCCCCUUACUGGCCUCUGUUCUGCGAGACAAAUCCCAGUGGGAGAAACCAGACAUCUUCUACCCUGAGCAUUUCCUUGACUCUGAGGGGAAGUUUGUAAAGAAAGAUGCUUUCAUGCCUUUUUCAGCAGGGCGGAGGACCUGUGCUGGAGAAACUCUUGCCAAAAUGGAGCUCUUCCUCUUCUUCACAAGCCUCCUGCAGAGGUUCACCUUCCACCCUCCUCCUGGAGUUUCUGUCUCAGACCUGGACCUCUCUCCCGCCAUCGGGAUCACUGUCCCCCCAGUGACUCAUGAGGUCUGCGCAGUGCCACGUUCCUAA